UAGUUAAAUUAAAGUCUGCAAAAAGGUAAAUAUGGAACCUCCAUCGAUGAAAUGUUGAUCAAGUGAAUUCAAGUUAGAAUUUAUUUCCGUUUAAGACCAGAUUUAUCGUAGCAUACAGGUAGUCAGUAAGGUUUCAGGUAGAACAUCAAAAAGUAACACGACAAUGUAAGUGUACAGUAAUCAGUAUAAAAACGUCAAAUCAGUACAAAUAUAUUUUCAGCUUUGAAGCUGUGUAAAAGCUGCUGUCAAAACGUCUUUUCGUCUGCCUGAAAACCUAUCCGAACAAUCUUCAAAGAUUGUCUGCGGUUCUAGUCGAACAAAAAAUGAACGACAACACAGCGAAACACUGUACCAAGUGCGAUCGACCGGAUUCGGCGGACAAUCUCGUCGGUUGUGAUACCUACGAGACGUGGAUGCAUUUUGGGUGCGCGGGAGUGACGGAUUCAAUUGCAGAUGCUAAUCGCAGUUGGAAAUGCGAUCAAUGCUGCAUCGAGGAUACCAUGACCCAGUCUCGAGUGUCAACCGGUCGAUCCGGAUCUAGUAAAUGCUCUUCACGGGUGGAGUUGAGCCUGCAAAUGUUGGAGGAGCAGAAAGCCUUGCGGAUGAAGAGGAUAAUGGAGGAGGAAAAGUUUCUAAAGCAGAAAUACGAGCUACUUAUUGCCGAAGCAGAUAACGCGGAAGAAGAAAGCAGUAGGAAUACUAAAUUGAGUAGUCGAGCGAGUAGAGUAAAGGUUCAAUCGUGGCUGAGUAAACACAAAACCGGCACAGUUCAACAAGUCGCAGCUGAGCCGUCCAGUAGCGUGUUGCCAUCGAUGGUUGAAACAGCUCACCAGUUUAGUUUUUCCAAAUCAUCUCUUCCCAUUGCUGAAUUGACAAUGAAUACUACGAUUCUGGCCUCGGUUAAGUUAGAGCCGAUGACGUUACCCUCAAUUCAAACCAGUGGUCCAUUUGGUGGACAUACAGGAUUGGGCGGCGGUGUGCCUGAUUCCAUUACUGUUCCACCUCCGUUUGUUGUCAAUCAAAUCAACUCAGUGACUGGUGGUAUUUCUGCGUUGCGUAUGUCCACUGCAAAACCGAUGCAGGAGUCGCAGUAUCCGAUCUAUAGCCAAGGAUUAAGCAGGGUGCAGCAAGUGAUGACAAAUCCUACUUCGUCAAUUUCAGUUAUGCCGGCAGAGAAUCAAGUUCCAUCUUGGACAAAUCGGAACCCCAUUUGUUCAUCAAUCCAAACUCAACCAAUCAACAACUUUACCGGUCCAACGAACAUCUAUCCUUCGGUGUCAUCUGGCGUUCAACAGUAUAGUGGAAACAUGAAGCUGCCGACAGGAAUUCCUAGUUUUCCAACGAUGCAACCAGUCAGUCAAGCGUUUCAUCCGUCGGUGCCGUUGCGAGGUCUUGGUCCGUCAGACUAUUUUUCCUUCGAGCCGGAUUUGAACCAGCGACCUAUGGAUUUCUACUUCAUUGGCCACAGCGCGCAAUUUGGAGCCCAAUCUACAGUCCACCGCUCUACCAACUGA